UCGUGUGAGUAUAUAACCUAAAAGUCAUUUCGGUGCUGGCGAAUUAAAUCGCCCAAGAUCGUGGAAAGGCACGCGUGCGGCUUUUGAUCGGCCGUCGCAGACACACGUGUUUGUCCUACAUGAAUCACGGAUCUGUUCUCCUCUCUCCUAUGGCAACUUUUGACUAUCUCCUUUCUGCCAGGCUCUAUCUCUCUCUGUUCCCUUCUCUCUCAGCAAGUUCACUCUGUCCAGUCCUCUCUCUCUCUCUCUCUCUCUCUCUUUCACAGACUUUUGACACUCUUCGAUCUGUCGGAAGUGCCGGUGGUCGUGUCUGUCGAACAAGAACUGGGGGAUCUGCAAAGGCAUUCACUAGGAACAUCAGCAGUUACUCAACCUCCACGGUGCCAUCAUGGUCAUCGACAGUGAGACCAAUGCUACCAGUCGUGAUACCACCAGUGCUGCCUCCCCUGUCGACAGCACCCUGUGACUUCUACUCCCUCCAUAACACCAUUACACACACCCACCAGUAAUCACCUUGACAUCUACACGUCAACGUGUGUUUCAUAGUGAAUAUAAAACCAUGGGAGAUGCUUGGCCGACUAUUAGUUUGCCUCCACCUGAGGAUCGGCUCCCGCACUUUUCCUUUGGAUUCGCGAAUCAUCUUUCGAACGGACUUUCGGCUUGAGAGAUCCAAUAUACUUUAUCGAUUUUAUUCAAAAUCGCCGGACUACGCGUGUAUGGCCUUUUUUUCUUUUAUCGCCGAUUUUAUAUAUUCUUUGACCUUAAGGAAAGAUAUUAUUGUCAAAAUGAUUUCGUUUAGCGUUCUCGCUCGAGAAUUAAGCUUUUUAGCGAUUAUUGGCGUAUUUUCGUUUAUCGAUGGGUCAGCUUCCUGUGCUGGAAAGACAAUGCUGCGUGCCGGAGGUAUGUCUUGCCAAGACAAACAGACCAUUCUCGACGAACAUAAUCGUCUGAGACAAUUGGUAGCACUGGGAAGGAUUAAUGGACAGCCUGGAGCUGCCAAUAUGAUGGAAAUGGUAUGGGACGACGAAUUGGCCGCUGCUGCACAGAAAUGGGCUGAUCGCUGUGGCGAAUCCCAUGACAAUUCGCGAAAUGUCCGAAGGUUCGCAGUAGGACAGAACAUUGCUCGAACUUGGACGACAAGGCCCCCUGGGCCUUACGAUGGGGAACCCAAUUGGAGGCGACAAAUUUCAGGCUGGUUCAACGAAGUUCAACAUUAUCAUGCUGGCUUUAGUCGAGCUACAGGUCACUAUACACAGCUCGUUUGGGGUGACACUCACCUUCUGGGUUGUGGAUUUUCAUUUUAUUAUGACCCCGCCCGCGGUUACACGAAAAACUACGUAUGCAAUUACGGACCAAGUGGUAAUGUCCUUGGUUAUCAGCCUUAUCAAUCCGGACAACCAGCCUGUGGAAAUUAUGGAAUGUCCUACUCGAAUAAAUAUUCUGGACUUUGCUCUCAAGGAGGAUACUAUCAUUUGGGUGCGCAAUGCGCGUAUGAUAUGAUUAAAAAAAUUUGUUUGUCUUUGGUAACGUUGGACUUUAUUGCUACGAGAAUCCUUGGGGAAGUCUUUUAUCCUCAUGUUGAAGUAUUGGAAACUGGUGGUAUAACGUGUGACGUUAUACAAGAUAUUGUUAAUACUCAUAAUCAAUUGCGCGAAAAGGUAGCGAAAGGUCGCGUAGCCAAUCAACCACCUGCCUCGAAUAUGCGUAAAAUGUAUUGGGAUGACGAAUUGGCGAGUAGAGCUCAAGCUUGGGCGAAUCGUUGUACGUUUCGACACAGCAAUCCAAGAGACAUAAAAGUUGCGAGAUUUCCAGUCGGUCAAAACAUCGGUCUGACAAAAAUCAGAGGACAGUCUACACGCUAUAUGGAAUUUCGACAACAUAUACAAAGUUGGUUUAACGAAUACACUGAUUACAAAUUCAGACCAUACGAUAGGAAACCACCAAGCACUGGCCACUAUACACAGAUCGCUUGGGCAGAUACUUAUCUAGUUGGUUGUGGAUAUUCUCGAUAUAGAAAAAAUAAUAUUGUGUAUAAAUUACACGUCUGUAAUUACGGACCCGCAGGAAAUUAUUUGAACAAGAAGCCGUAUAACGUCGGAAAGAAACGAAGGUGUCCGCGUAAUUUUGUAUUAUCCAAAAAAUUUCCUCAUCUGUGCGGUACGAUUUUGAAGGAACUUCUUUUGGUAGAAAGAAAAGAAAUUUUGUUCAAUUUUAUACUAAAAUUCUCUUACCCUUAUCAGACCUCAAGAAAACGCCAUCGAGUUCCUGUACGUCUAAUCGACGUAAAUUCGACGAAACGAUGGAAAACUAUAACGAUUCUUUGGACUAUGAGACUAGCGACGAUAGCGAAUACAUUUUAUUACGAGACAUUAUACUGUCGAUUACACUAAAUCUCUAAGUAUCGAUAAGAUUGGUUAUUGCAAUAAGAGUAUUAAAUAAAACAGUAGUCAGUCUUUGUAUUGUACGUGUAGAGACAUUGAUGCACGUCGAUGAAAUACUAAAAUUAAAUACACCUAGUAUAUAGCAGAGGUAAAUGUAAAAAGAGAAAUACAAGAAACCCAGUGCAGGUCACUUAAAUAAUA